AUGAAGUGGAGUAGCUUCAUUCAGAAAGUGAUCUUCCUGUCUCUCACUGGGCCUGGCAUUGGAGGGAAUUUCUUUCUGUUUGUGAAGCAUGUGUACAUGAUUGUUACAGCUCCUGGGAAAAAGCCUACAGACCUUAUUCUCAUCCACCUGGCUUUAAGUAACACCAUGACACUCUGUGCCAAAGUAAUCUCAGUUACAUUACCAACUUUUCUUCUCAGUAACAUCCUAGGCAAUAUUAUUUGUAAAGCCAUAAUUUACCAGAACAGGGUGGCUCGAAGUCUCUCCAUCUGCACCACCUGCCUCCUCAGUGUAGUCCAGGCCAUCACCAUCAGUCCCAGGAACACCUGGUGGAGAAAGCUCAAACCACACACUGCAUGGCAGGUGCUUCCCUACCUCCUCCUCGUCUGGGUCUUUAGCCUUCUCAUAAGCUCUAACUUGCUCCACUACAUCACAGCUGUCAACAGCAUGAAUGGGUCUAAUGUUGGAAUGUAUGUUGUCUAUUGCUACAUGCAGCCAGCUCCACAAAUGGUCAGGUGGCUCUUCCUCUGCCUCAUGGCUCUCCGGGACCUCAUCUUUCAGAGUCUCAUGGGCUGGAGCAGUGUGUACAUGGCUCUGUAUCUGUACAAACAUCACAGGCGUGUCCUCUACCUCCAGAGCUCCAGGUGUGCCAAACAUCCCAGCCCAGAGACCAGGGCUACUCGGAGUACUCUCCUUCUCAUGACCUUUUAUUGGACAGAUUUCAUUUUCUCGUUCUAUAUAGGGAGCACCUUGACAGAGGACUCCGUAUUACUAAAUAUCCAAAUGGUUGUUGACCUGGGUUAUGCCAGUCUGAGCCCCUUUGUCCUGAUCAACAGGGAUGCCAACCUGGUUAACUGCUGGCACAUUCACUGGGAAGCAGAGAUAAUAUUUUCCAUGCUAACUUGUCCAGUAAUGAACAGCAUUAUUUCAUGA